AUGGUGGUGGUGGAGCACGGUGCUCUCUCCUUGCUGGGGGCUCACGGUGAGGACUCGGACCUGCAGCGGCAUGGAGAGGCCGGCACGGAGGGGAGUGAUGGGGGAAAGCAUGGGGAGAAGGGAGGCCUGGUGUCAGCUGGGUAUGGAGAAGGGGACCUCACCCACCUCGAUGGGGAUGAGGAGGAAAAAGAGGAGGAUGAUAGGAACAGCAGGCAGCCAGAAGAUGAUGAUUUACAGAUUGAAAAACCUGAGGCUGGUGACCUAAAGGAAUUCCAAGAAGUGGAGGAAAGAGAUCCUCAGGAACUGGUUGCUUUUGCAGAGAGAGUGUGGAACAUGUCUUCAGAUAAGAUCAAAAUCCCUCCUGAGCCUCUUGGCAGAUGUUCUAACCAAUUGCAGGAUAAAAUUAAAAAGCUGUAUGAGAGGAAAAUGAAAGAGGGCAUGGAUAUGAACUACAUCAUCCAGAACAAAAAGGAAUUUCGCAACCCCAGCAUCCAUGAAAAGCUGAUCCAGUUUUGUUCCAUUGAUGAAAUUGGUACAAAUUGCCCAAAGGACACGUUUGAUCCUUAUAGCUGGUUAGAGGAUUCAUAUUAUGAGGCACUAGCUAAAGCCCAGAAGACUGAGAUGGACGAAUUGAAGAAGGCCAAGAAAGAACUUACAAAGAUUGAAUUUGUGACUGGCACUAAAAAGGGUACAGCAAGAAGCGCUGGUUCCACAACCACCACAACAUCCAGCACCACUGUGGGAGAUGCCCAGAAGAAGAGAAGGAGCGAGUGA